UGGACCAGUGGCUGGAGACUUAAGAGCAACAAAGAGAUCCAGAGAUUUUGCUUCACCACUAAUUAAUAUACCUAUGGGAUUCCCAUUUGAUUCUGUAUUCUACAACAACCUCUAUUUCACAGAUAAUGGUGUAAUCAUAUUCCAGCGCAAUUCAUACGAUCCAAUCUAUGUCCUUAGCUAUCCAUACAAAACAUUCCAGAGUAAUGACUCUGUCACACCACCGGUGAUUGCACCUUUCUGGGCUGAUGUGGACUUAUCAGGAGAUGUCGGAGAGUUAUAUUACCAGGUUUAUGAUUUCCAGAGAACUGUAUCAGACAAGGCAUUUAAGGAGUCAUUGGAGAAAGCCAUUAACACCUAUUUCAGUUCUUCUCUUGAACAACAAUUUUCCGCUACCUGGGCUGUGAAGAUAACAUGGGAUAAUGUCCUCCCAUUCAGUUUGUAUAAUGCAAAUGCCAAUAAGAGAACAUACAGUAACUAUACAAACACUUUUCAAGCAGUCCUGGCUACAAAUGGUGUUUCCUCAUUCUCCCUAACUCUGUUUGAAGAUGGUGGAAUGAGAUGGAGACACAAUGCUCUGCCAUCACAGCAUCAACCAAAAAUGGGCUAUUUCAGUGGUAUUUCCUCACCAAGCAAUACAAAAAACUUCCCAGCUUUUAAUGAUCCACAGACAGAUCCAACUAGAAGCAAAGAGGAAAUAUAUACUCCAGACCAAUCUAUAGGCUAUAAUACAGAACAGUACAUGACUAUGCAAAACAUGUUCCCUACUGAAAAUGGAGCUGGCACCAGGUGCUACUACAGCAGGUCUGGAGCACUGAUCUAUGGAGAGAAGGAACAGUACUUUCCAACACCAUGGACAUAUUUUGACUUCUGGGGUUAUAUGUCAAAUCCAAAGGCUUAUGUUAAUUAUUUCUGGAAUAUGGUCCUUCCAACCCAAAGAAAAAUUUACAGAGCUAAAGAAGUCGAUCCCUACAAUGCAUGUUGUAGAUAUUCCGGAUCCAAUUAUCUGUGUGGCCUCUACAGGGAGAAAAGGCCACUAGAUCGCUGUGAACAAUAUGUCCCCCCUCAAAUUGGGUUUCUCUUUGGAGAUCCUCACAUCAGUACACUGGAUGGUGUGACAUACACUUUUAAUGGUCUGGGUGAGUUCACCUUAGCCAAUAUCAAAGAUGAGAACAAUACUGUUGUCUUCAAACUCCAGGGACGCACUGCUAUUGCUGGCAAUGGAACAAGCAAUGCUACUAUCUUUGUGGGUUUGGCAGCCUAUACUUCUGCUGGUGACCAGGUUCAAUGGACUCUACUAAAUGAUAACUCAACUCUUUUAAGUUACAAUGGGACCACAGUUCCUCUCACAGAAAAUGUUACGUACAUUGAGCACAUGGCACUGGAGAGGACAGCAAAAGGUGAAGCCAAAGCUGCUUUUGACAGCGGGAUUUCUGUCUCGGUUACCGCCAAUAUGGGCAUAUUGAAUUUUGUAGUGACUUUGAAUCCAAAAUACCAAAACAGGACUGAGGGACUUCUUGGACUGUACAAUGGAAAUCCUUAUGAUGACUUUCUUUCUGCUGAUGGAAAUAUAUUACCAUACAGUGGGCUUAAGAAGCUAAAAGAAUCUGAGAUCUUCACAUUUGGCAUGACAUGGAAAACUACACCUGAAAAUAGUGUCUUUACCUAUAACGCAAGCAAUGGAGAGACUUGGUUCACUUACAACAACAAUACCUUUAUACCAGUUUUCUUUGACGAACUGUUGUCAGCUAGUGACCCUGAUAUGUUACAGAAAGCUAAUAACACAUGUGCAGGAAACUCAAACUGUGUCUUCGACAUUUUGAGUACUGGGAACUUUCCCUUGGGUAUAAAAACAAAGGAACUUGAUAUUGCUUUCACAAGUCAAAGAAUCAUCAUGGAGAGUUUUCCACCAAACAUCUCUGGUCCUUCUACCAUAAUGACAUCUCUGAGAGCCCAAGUUAUGGUGGAUUACACUGUUUCAUUUGGUCAACUCAACCUAGAAACAACUUCCAGUGAUCUAGUAAUAACAGGAAAUGGAACUCUGAUCUGGCUGCCCAAAUCUUCAGCACCGGUGUUUGCAGUGAUUCGAGCCAAUAACUCAGUUGCUACUGCAGAGUUAGGACUUACACUGAUUCUCUGUAACUGUAGCAAUGAUGGGGUUUGUGACUACAAUAAUGCCAUCCUGAGAAGCCAGAAAGAUAAUUCCAAGUUUAUGACCGCUGUCUGCAAGUGUUCAGAUGCAUGGGAAGGUGAAUUCUGCACUGAAGAUUUCAAUGCUUGCUUGCAAAACAUUUGUUUUAAUACAUCUUCUUGUGUAGAUAACCUGGCUCCAUUAGAAGGUUGUCAGUGUUCACCCUGUCCCAAAGGGUUGAUUGGAGAUGGCGUUAAGUGCUCCGAUAUUGAUGAGUGUUAUGAAAACACAUCAGACUGCAAUCAGAUUUGCAUCAAUACAUUUGCAGGAUACGAGUGCUCCUGUAACGCAGGCUACAGAUCUUCCCAACAAAAUUCCUCACACUGUGACGACAUUGAUGAAUGUGUAGGAUCCUCUCCAUGUGGGGAAAAUGCUAUGUGUUCCAACUUACCUGGAAACUUUUCCUGUGUGUGUAUGAAUGGCUAUCAUGGUGAUCCUUAUCUUCUCUGUACAGAUAUCAAUGAAUGCGCCAGUGGAUCUUCCAGUUUGUGUUCGGACACCUCUGUCUGCAUUAACACAUUAAAUGGUUCAUAUUACUGUGACUGCCUCCCAGGAUACACUGGUGUUAACUGCUCUGGUCCAACAUCCACAACUUUGACUCAUAUAACAUAUUCACAAUUGGCUACGGAAAAACAAACUUUACCAACGAUUACUAGAACUUCACAAACCUCAGCAGCAAUGAUGCCAUCAAGUCGAAUGACCACAAAGUCAUCUGUAUCUGUUUCACUGAACAUUUCCACUGCCACUGCCAAUUCUACAUGGUACAGACCAUCCACAUUAUCCUCAUCUACGUUUUCAAGACAGCUACAAACAAACAUCACAUCCACAGCUUCAGCCUGCAGCUUGGUGUCUUGCCCCACAGCAUACUGUAGCAAUGGGGGAGUAUGCAGCAUUAAUAUGGCGACUUGUAUCCUGAGCUGUAAAUGUCCUGUCCCAUAUACAGACAAUAGAUGCAUUUUGGCUGGGAAUGACUUUAUGCCAGAACCAUCCAAAGGUAUCCCCAAGAGAAUAGUGGAAAUACACCUCUGGUUAAAAGGAGAGGAUGGCUCUGUUCUUAGUGAUACAUCCGCUGAAGAAUACAUGCUUCUUUAUCAGUCUGUGAACAACACGGCAACGUUAUACCUGAAAUCUGUGUUGGCUUUUAACAGGAACAGCAAAGUACAACUGAACUAUGUGAAUGGCAAAGCACAGGCUCGUAUCACAUCGGAAUUCACAUACAUCAACAACAGAACUGUUAUCACAUACUUAAAUGAACAUCUCAUACCCUCUAUAGUCCAUGAAUUCAACAAGUACCUGAUUGAAAAUUGGAGAAGGAGGCAGAUCAACCUAGUUUCCUUUGAGAAGAUGUUUGCAGAGAACAUUACCAGCAUUGAAAUAUUGACUAUACGUGAGUUGGAGCAGUACUUCCCCUGCAACAGCUCAAGAGUUCUUGGAUAUAGUUUGGUGUAUUUGGAGAAUGGAUUCACCUGUAUAUCUCCCUGCACUCAAAAUUACUGUCAAAACAAUGCUGAGUGUCAGCACAGAGUAGAGGGUCCAACCUGCAGGUGCAUCCCAUUCUCCAUUUAUUCUCCAUUUGGUGACCACUGUGAAAACCUUGCAAUUAAUCUAAGGGCUUUCUUCGGUAUAUUGUUUGGUUCUCUGGCAUUGGUUGUGGUGAUCAUAGCCAUAACCAUUCUAAUCAUUUACUGCUGCAGAAGGAGAAAGCGUUCCACGAACAGAAAUAUAACCUUUUACUGGGGAUCCAAAUCUAUCACCCCUUUUAACAAACUUCAAGAAACCAAUUUGCCCAGUAACCCUCAACUGAAGAGCUGGACACCGCACCUUGAAAAUGUACCAGUUGGACCACCGCUGAAAAUUAAAAGACCAACACUACAGGAAAAUUAUAAUGUGUGUCUGGAAACUACUAAUGUUGAAUCCCCAUGCCCACUGUAGCGCUUCACAGUUUCAAAUCUCAGGGUAGACAG